CGCACGGCGAGUGGCGCACGGCGAGGCGCGGAGACGGGGGCGCACGGCGAGGGGCGCACGAAGCUCCCCAUGUGAGAUGGCUCCUUGGCCCCAGAUCAACGCCACCUCCUGGGAGGACGCAGCCGCCAACUGCACGGGUGCCGCCAGCCUGAGCCGGCAGUGGGCCAUCGGGGCCGCCCUGAGCCUCACGGUGCUGGUGACCGCGGCCGGCAACCUGCUGGUGAUCCUCGCCAUCGCCAAGACACCGCGCCUGCAGACCAUGACCAACGUGUUCGUCACCUCGCUGGCCAGCGCUGACCUCAUCAUGGGCUUGCUGGUGGUGCCGCCAGGGGCCACCAUCGUGCUGAGCGGCCGCUGGCCCUACGGCACCCUGGUGUGUGAGCUGUGGACCUCGCUGGACGUGCUGUGCGUCACAGCCAGCAUCGAGACCCUGUGUGCCAUUGCCGUGGACAGGUACCUGGCCAUUACUUCGCCACUGCAGUACCAGAUGCUGGUGACCAAGGGCAGGGCGCGGGCUGUGGUGUGCCUGGUCUGGGCCAUCUCUGCCUUCAUCUCCUUCCUGCCCAUCAUGAACCACUGGUGGCGGGACGGGGCCGAUGAGGAUGCGCUGAACUGCUACCAGAACCCGAGCUGUUGUGAUUUCGUCACCAACAUGCCCUACGCCAUCGUCUCCUCCAUCAUCUCUUUCUACGUGCCACUGCUGGUCAUGAUCUUCGUCUACGCCCGUGUCUUCGCCGUGGCCACCCGGCAGAUCCGGCUCGUCGAGCGGGACAAGGUCCGCUUCCUCCAGGAGCCCCCCAGCCCCAGCAGCAAGGGCCCUAGGGGCACUCGCUGGAGGAGACCCUCCCGGCUGCUGGUCAUAAAGGAACACAAGGCGCUUAAGACCCUGGGCAUCAUCAUGGGCACCUUCACCCUCUGCUGGCUGCCCUUCUUCGUGGCCAACAUUGUCAAGGUCUUCUACAGGUCCCUCAUCCCCGGCCAGGUCUUCCUCUUCCUCAACUGGCUGGGCUACGUCAACUCGGCCUUCAACCCCAUCAUCUACUGCCGCAGCCCCGACUUCAGGAGCGCCUUCAAGAGGCUACUGUGCUGCCCCCGGUGCGCGGACCGCAGGCUGCAUGCCGUCUCCAGGGACCUCAGCCGGUGCCCGUGCGCCUUCACUUCUCAGGGAUCCUCCCCGGGAGACAGCAAGCCCGUGGUACUGGGGCAGCCCCCCGGGCAGGAAGAGGAUGGGGGAACCAGCAGCAGCAGCAGCCGCUCCAGCAGCAGGAGUGGGGAAAACAUCCUCUCCUACCUCCAUAGCAAUGGGAACGGCCAUGCCCAGCGCCCCCUGUGGGAGAUGCAGCUGCAGGGCACCCAGACCACUCUGUGUCUACAGAUGGAAGAAUUUACCUGCACUGAAGCUCCUUGAGCAGCUUGAAAGGGAAGGAAGAAGAGAAGGAAGGAUGUGUCAAAGCCCCUCUCCUGGGCCGUUGCUCUCGGUUUGUGUGUCGGCUCCUACCCCCCCCAAAGAUGAAGACGCGCAGCCCCCUAGUCUUUUUACUUUUGAGGUUCACUCAGGUAUUUUGAACGUCCGUCCCUUCAUUUCCUGCCUGCUUUCCAGGCUUGGACACUGCAUAGAGGAAAUUGGACCUGAAAGACACGUGUGACAUAGGGGAGGCGUCUUUGGAACCGGUCUUCCCUGUACACAUGGCAAACGGGCAGGAAAGAGGUGGUCUCCCGCUGUCGUUAGUUAUUUCCAGCAAGAGCCCCUGACAGACGUUGGACUGAUUCCCAGGUGCCGGCGGCUGCGCCUAGAGAGGUUACUGUGACUUCGCCAUCUCUUGUGAUGGCUGGCUAGAGUCAGGGCUAGAAGGAGCCCCCGCGCCUGGAGAUGGGACGUUGGACUCAAGACGAGAGACCUCCCUCCCCGAGGCUAGGCAGCUGAAUUUGAGUACUGCUCGGGACACGGGUUACAUGAGGAACUGACCGAGCUCCCGGGGACCAGCGUGUGUAAUCAGCCUCCAGAGAGGCUCCAAGGGAAGGAGACGCUUCCUGUAUCGACAGCAAGAGAAUUCCUACCUCAGAAGCAGCGAGUCGGAAUGCAGCUGGAGUCUGAAUCUGGGAGCCAGACCUGGAUUCCCUUCGAAAGGGGCCCUGGCAGGGCGGGGGCUUCAGCAGACCCCUUUGUGCUGCCGU